CCUCGGCCUACCUCCAUUGAAAAAAAGAGGCUCGAGUCGAGACUGAAAACGUUGUCGGUGCUGUGUGAUUGUUUACACAUAGGCCUAUCAUCAAUUUUUUAAUAUAAUAAAUGGCCUCGACUUUACUGUCACCCAUGGUGGAUUAUUAUAACGACGAGGAAGAUCUAGACAGUGUGGAUGAAGACGAAGAUCGCAGUUUCAGAGGCAGAGACUCGGAAGAAGACACAGAAGAUGCCAGUGAAACAGAUCUGGCCAAACAUGAUGAGAACGAUUGUGUUGAAAUCAAAGAACAGAUGUAUCAAGACAAACUGGCAUCCCUGAAAAGACAGCUACAACAACUGCAAGAAGGCACACUGCAGGAGUACCAGAAGAGAAUGAAGAAGCUUGAUCAGCAGUAUAAAGAGAGACUUCGUAGUGCUGACCUCUUUCUGCAACUUGAGACAGAGCAGGUGGAGAGGAACUACAUCAAAGAGAAAAAAGCAGCGGUGAAGGAAUUUGACGAUAAGAAAGUGGAACUGAAGGAAAAUCUUAUUGCAGAGCUGGAGGAGAAGAAGAAGAUGAUUGAGAAUGAGAAAUUAACUAUGGAGCUGACAGGAGAUUCCAUGGAGAUGAAACCUAUUAUGACCCGGAAGCUCCGGAGACGACCCAAUGACCCUGUGCCCAUUCCAGACAAGCGGAGAAAGCCUCCACCUGCUCAGUUAAACUAUUUACUCACUGAUGAACAGAUCAUGGAGGAUCUAAGAACAUUAAACAAGCUUAAAUCUCCGAAAAGACCAGGUACGGACGUUUUGUCUUUUAGAGUGUCCCCGUCUUCUCCUGUGGAGCACCUCCCGCCGACUCCAGUGGACGCCCCAUCCCUGCGUUAUGAGGCACGGAUAGAGGAGGGGAAACUCUACUAUGAUAAGAGAUGGUACCAUAAAAGUCAAGCAAUCUAUCUGGAGUCCAAGGAGAACACCAAGAUCAGCUGUGUCAUCAGCUCUGUGGGGACCAAUGAGAUCUGGGUGAGAAAGACAAGUGACAGUACGAAGAUGAGGAUCUAUUUAGGGCAGCUGCAACGAGGGGCCUUCAUCAUUCGACGCCGAUCAGCAGCAUAGACGUCCUGUAUGUGUAUGUGUAUGUGUGUGUUUUUUUUUUUUUUAAA